CAGCUGACAGAAAAGGACAUACCAGGAGCAACAUUAAGCACUGUACCAGAGAAAUGCAGAGUGACAGACCUGAGGGUGUGGUUAAAGUGCCGAGGUCAAAAAGUCAAAUCUAAAGAGAACAAGGCUGAACUUUGUGUCAGGGUGAAGAAGUGCGUAGAAACAGGUGCUGUUUUUGACAUCACUGAUCCUUAUCCUGGACAGCCGUAUCUUGAGAAAAAGAAAUCUGCCUGCCCAAACUGCCAAACAAAAACAAGACAACAAAACUCCAAAGAAACUGAAACUGAGACUGUAAAUUGGACGAAAGAUGCAAAGUGCCUGCCAGAGACAUUUAACUAUGUGAACAUUUUGGACUACUCAAAACUGUCAGGAAAGAAGACAAAAGACAUUGUUGAAAAACCCAUUAAUCGAGGAUACACUUUAUUUUUUGAUGGAUAUGUUCAUGAUGUCUCUACUAGUACAAACUCAAAUAACAUUAUUGUAAAAUGUAAGUGUUUCAAAUCUAUGAAGAAAAAUGAACAACCCCAUGACAGUAGAGUGACAUUAGAUUCCAAGGGCCAUGUGAAGUGUGGGAAAUGUUCUUGUGUUGCAGGUGCUAGUGGGUUCUGCAAUCAUGUGUUUGCCCUGCUCUACACCAUUGACCACUCAGUGAAGAUAAAAUUAACAGAAUUUAGUAAAUUGAAAACCUGCACUGAAAGGCCUUCACAAUGGACCAAAGCUAGAACAGAAGGAGUCCGGGCCGAACCUGUUAUGGCUGCAACUGUGGUAAAGCCCAAAUUUGGAAAAUAA